UACGUGAGCUGGUGCUGGUGCUGGUGCUGGUGCUGGUGGGGACUCGUUGCGUUAUAUAAGUGUCGAGUCAGCACCGUGCUCGCGGCACAUCGUAUUUCAUCUUCGUUGCGACGCGACAUCGCUAAAUUUUUUUCUUACGCCGCAACGCCGACGCCGACGUCGCUCGGCUCUCGUAUUUGUACUUGUACGCGUACCGUUCGGUUCACUCGCGCUCGCCAUUCGCAAUCGCAUUCGCAUUCGCAUUCGCAUCCGCAUCCGCAGCCGUAUUCGUAUUUUCGUAUACCUAUUCGUAUUUGUACGAGUAUUUGUAUUGCUAUUCGUAUCGAGCCCCGGAAACUGCAGCCCUUUGACACCGACUCCGACACAGACACUGAAAGCCAGCAAACAGAAUUAGGCUAAUCUAAAUCAAGACUGCGGCUGGGCGAGCGUAAAGCGUGCAGCGUAAAACGUAAAACGUAAAAUGAUACGAGUAUUGGACGGCGGCGUUUUACUUUGGCUGGCAUCGUGCGUGCUGGUUAUCAAAAGCGAGUCAACGCAGAAUGGCCGCGCUGUUCACUCGAAUGCCGAAACCCGUCAACAGCUACAGGACGCGGAUGUAGCGGUUGCGUUGUCGCCGGCCAACGCCAAUAACCUGUUGGAGCUGAUGGAGAGCGCCAACGCCAACGCCAACGCGAAACGUGCCUGGAAGGAUUUGCCGGGAUCCGGCUGGGGUAAACGAUCGUGGCAAGACCUGCAGUCGUCCGGAUGGGGCAAACGAGGCUGGCAAGACUUGCAAACCUCCGGUUGGGGAAAACGCGGCUGGCAAGAUCUACAAACAUCCGGUUGGGGUAAACGAGCUUGGCAAAAUCUUCCUUCGUCCGGAUGGGGAAAACGAGCGCCAAGAGCUUAUCAGAAUUUCGCAACUCUGAGAAGUCGUAACGGUUUCGAUAAUAAUGAAAAACUGAUGGCGGAUGAAAUGGGCGACGUGGAUGGCGCGGGCGCGGGCGCGGGCGCAGAUGCGAUGACCAUCGAAGACGACGAUGCCAUUGACGCGGUGAAAAAAGCGUGGGACAAUUUAAGAGGGCCGUGGGGUAAACGUGACGCCAGCGACUGGGGAAGUAUGAAAGGCGCGUGGGGAAAAAGAGAUCCGGCCUGGCAUAAUUUGAAAGGAUUGUGGGGAAAACGUUCGUCGUCUUCGCUAACGGCGGCGGCGGAUAAUUUUUACGAUAUCAAUAGUCAAGAUUUGCAAGGUAAUUUAUGAUCACCAAACGUGCCGUGCCGCGCCGACCAUUAUUCUCUCACGUCAGCUCUUUCCUUUUCUUACAUACCUAGGUUUAAGAUAUUUGCAAACAAUUUCUCAGAACGGAUAAGUACCUAAUUCAUAAUUCAUCGUCGGAUGUUUUCGCAACAUUCGUUACGUAAUCGUCAAUCGAGUAAAUUUUUACAAUAAAAAUGUACGUAAUUACUUGUAAUUUACCAAAUAAGAUUUGUCUAGUAACUUAUCACUCUUCGUCUUCAUGAACCUAAUACCUACACAGUACUCACGAAAUACAGUUUCCUUUCAACUUUGUAAUGCCCGUUGUUUCGGCGGCGCGGCGUACCUACUCAACUACCUAGUACCUACGUACCUACUUACAUACAUAUAGUUAAGUACCUACUCGCUAAUAUCGAACAGGAGAAAAAAAGAGUUAGCAAUAACAAUAAGUAUGGAAUACGAGUGUCGAGUACUGUGCAACCAAUAAAAGUCUUGGCCAGCGUCAGCGCCAGCGCUAGCACGAAAAAUUCUCAAAGGGAUACUUAUGGGGUUGGGCAUGGGUGUACGGUGUACUGUAUACACUCGAUAUUAGAGGCAGCUCUGUACAAGUCCACAUUCAACAAUCAACGUACUCUCGUACAAUACAUACAGGGGCGAAGGUUGUCUAACUGUCUAAUCGGUAAAAAGAAAAUGCAUGUUUUGCGGUAUUACUGUAUUACUGCUUGUACCUAGGCUAUUGUUAUUGCUAUUGCUAUUAGCUAUUACGAGUACUAAACAGUAAACACCCAACACCCUGUAAUCCUGUAUGUAUGGCGCUUUAACGAAAUACGUAUGUAGCUGUUUUGGCUGCGGUUGCGGCUGCCGACUUGGACUGCUAUACAGGUGGUGGUGGUGGUGGUGGUGGUACACGACUACACGUACGAUGCGUAGCUGUAGCUGUAGCUGGUACAGGUCUCUCUCUAUUCUCUCUAUUCGUUUCCUGUUUAGUGUUUACAGUUUAGGCUAUUGCUCUUACUCGAGUGCAGUUUUAAGUAAACGACUAGAUAGGUAAAUGCCAACGUUUCAAAUUUUCAAAAAACACCUACCUAGUACCUACCUUCGUUACUCGAACAUUACCCCAAGUUUUUCACCUAGUUAUCGUCCGAAUACAAUAGUAUACUCGUACAUACUCAUAAGUACUCGUACAUUUUAGUAGCGGAUGCCUUUGGUCGAACAACAACUCGCGCAAAUAACCAUUUUCUACAUUAUGUACAUAUGUAGGUUAGUUACGUAAUACGUAGUACCUAUCUGUGAAACCUGCACACUGCACUGCACUGCACACAGCACUACAUAGCAUAAUCAGCUACUCGCUUCUUCACUAGUCACUCUCACUGCACAGACGCACAGUUACACACUUACACAAUAAUAGGUUCGCGCUAGGCAGUUAAUACUCGUAGUAAAUCAUACGUAGUACGUGGUACCUAGACCUGCAUUAAAGGUACAUUACAGGUAGGUAAAGGUACAUAUAAAAACGUAAUUAAAACACCGCCAGCUCGGCAAUUUUUUUUUUCUUCUUCACUUCUUUCUUACUUAGUAACUUAGUACGUCUACGUCUACAUAUCUAUAAGCGCAGUAUGAUUAUCCGAGUAAGUACCUACUCGACAUGUUUUUGAUAGGUUCCUAGUACCUACACCUAGGCAAUAGACAUACGCGUACGUGUACGUGUACGUAUUUUACAAACACACGUUGUUCUUACGAUAUCGCAAUAAUCGUACGCGUAGAUACCGUAUACGUAUACAUACAGGGUGGCCAGAAAUAUCGGGUACCCCUAAGAAAGUUUUCCAUUAAAAAUAUAGGUUGGCAACGUGAAAUAGAUGCAUAUGAUUGGUGGAAUGUUAUCUCUCCAGUCCAACAACCAAUCAUGUGUUAUCAUUAUUAUCAUUCACUGUGACCAACCCAAGUAUUUAGUUAGAAAACUUUUUUAGGGGUACCCGAUAUUUCUGGCCAUCCUGUACGUACCUAAAUAGGUAUUAAAAACAGGAUCGCAAACUCGUGUCGAUGUCGCAAAAAUUCUUCACCACCCGAAAAACACGUGGCCUACGCCUACGCGAAUUGGGAUUGGCUGAUUUUUGGCUUCACUUUUUCCUGUACAUUCUAAAUUGAAGUUUCCGAUCCGGUUUUAUAUUAUACUCGUAUCAUCCCCCGCGGCCGCCAACUAGCGUGUACCACCUGGCAUCUCUACCCUACUGUACUGUAGCUAGCUACCUACGUGUACGUAGCCUGCAGCCUGCAGCCUGCAGCCUAUGAUUUUUCAAUGCAUUUUCCUAAUUGCGAGUAAAUUCGUACGUAGGUAAUAGGUAGGUAUACUAGUUACAUACUUGAUAAUUAUAACAUGUAAAAUAAUAACAAUAAUUAUAAUAAUGUGGAAAAAAAAACAACAACCAUGAUUAUAAUAAUUACGUACGUAUAAAUACGUGCAUACGCAUAGGUACCUACCUACUAAAAUACAUAUGUAUAGGCUAAUGUAAUUCUAAAUGAUUCGUAUUCAAUUAUAUUCGUCGUUGAAAAGCGUCGAUUUUUUUGUUUUGUUUUUGUUUUUGUUCUUUUGUUUUUUUUCGAGAAAAAUGUACUCGUACCUUGUAUGUUUUAAUUUUACUCUUUAAAUCUUUGUGGUAUUUUUAAUUACUCGUAGUUGUAUUAGGCUAAUUACAAUCAGUUAAUGUACUUGUA